ACAGCCAUGGUGGGCCGGCUCAGUCUGCAGGAUGUCCCUGAGCUCGUGGACACGAAGAAGAAGGGAGACAGCGUCCUGGACAGUCCGGACUCCGGGCUGCCUUCCAGCCCGAGCCCCAGCCACUGGGGGCUCGUGGCCGGGGGCGGCGGGGGCGGCGGUGGGGAACGCGCUCCGCCCCCCGGCGCGCUGGAGCCCGACGUGGCGGCGACCCCCGCGGCCCCGAAGAAUCCAGCAUCUCUCCCCAGUGCCCCGGCAGCUGGCUGCUCCCCGAGGCUUUGCCCACUGUCUUUUGGAGAAGGAGUGGAGUUUGACCCCUUACCACCGAAGGAAGUAAGGUACACUUCCUCAGUCAAGUAUGACUCCGAGCGCCACUUCAUCGAUGACGUGCAGCUGCCCCUGGGCCUGGCAGUGGCCUCCUGCAGCCAGACGGUCAUCUGCAUCCUUAAUUGCACAUGGCGCAACUACAAGGCUGAGGUGCGCUUUGAGCCCCGCCACAAGCCCACACGCUUCCUCAGCACCACCAUCGUCUACCCCAAGUACCCCAAGACCGUCUACACCACCACCCUGGAUUACAACUGCCACAAGAAGCUGAGGAGGUUUCUGUCCAGCGUGGAGCUUGAGGCCACCGAGUGCCUGGGUGGCGACUGCCUCUCGGAUGAAUGCUGACUUGCAUGGGCUGGUUGGGGUCGGACCAGCUAUUGGCUGUCUGCCCUGGUCCCCAGACCACCCAUGUGGGCCUUGCACAUCAUUCCAGCCCUGGAGGAGUUGAGCCUGGGAUACCACUGAGUCCAGUUUGGGAAGAAGAAAAAGAAGCACUGCAUCUUAUAAUUAUUGAGCUACUUGGCUUUGUUUUUAAAUUUUCAAAUUAUCUUAAAAAGGAGUACAUUUCCUGGUUUGCUGCUGCAGUUUCCCUGAAGUCUCCAUAGGAUAAGAAAAUAAAAAGACGACUAGAGCAAGAAGAGAAUGACAGUAAAUGGGACCAGGGAGCCAGUGGUGGAGGUGGAGGUGCGCUCUCUCUCCACAGCUGUGGGUGUGAAGAACAGGUGGAAAAGUCCCUGCGAUGGGAAAGGCGGCUGUAAGAAGUUUCAGCCACAGACAUCUUCACUGCUACAAGGCUAGAGCUAAUUCAGUAAAUUGUGAAACCCAUAUGUGUUCAAUCUGUGGAAAGUUGAGUUCCAUUCCAUUUUUAUUUCUACUUCCAUUUGUAUUUCCUGUUAACUGAAACUCUUGGAAUUCUCUAGAUCUUUUUCACGAUAUCAAAAAACCCCAAACCGCAAUACGAGAUGCCUUUGGGGGAAGAAACAAAGGCUCCCUGUGUUGCUGCCUGCCUCGGAUGGCCAGGUGGACCCAUGGCUCUGUUUGGGGGCAGCACAGGGCCAAUGGCUUCCGUCAGAUCCCCAGCGGGUGGGGUCUACCGCCUGCUCUGGCUCUGCCCUCGCACACUUGGCAUCUGGUUAGCAUCUCUGCAGGCUUGUGUAACUUUCUCAAUAGGUAUUUUGGGGUUUCAAAAUACUUUCCAAUUUUUUUUCAUGAGGCAGAAUGUAGCAGAGGGCUCUUUUGAAAGAAAUGGCUUUUUUUGUGUGUGGUUGUUUUUUUUUUUUUUUUCUAAACCGGGGAUUGAACUCAGACCCUUGUGCUU